CAUUAGUACCCGUACCUCCUUUUACCUCUUCGCAUCACUUGGUUCCCUUGCUUUCUUUCUCGUUGAUAGUAAUUAUUGGAACGCGCCGGCGCAUACACGUUCGAGCACGUGCCGCAUUCGCUUGUCAAUUUGCUUGCUUGACCAGUCUCCUCCGCAAACGACAUUCCCUGCCGGCAGCCGCCAUCGCUCCAUUCCCAAGGCAAGGUAUAUUGUCUUGUCGUACAGGGCAGCCUGGCAUCCACCUUUUUUUGCAGCUUUUGCGACAGCUUCCCAGGUUUCCCAGUCGUUCGCUUCAAAUCUCUACCACGUCUCCCCAGUUAAACGACACUCCACACCUACCGAAAACUCUCUUACUACCAGCUGUAUUAUACCCGUACCCAUCCUCUGCUGCCGUUUUCUUGUCCUGUCCUUCAUACUAGACGCUACUGUACCGUCUCACUCUGGCUUGUACUCCGCUGUAACGCGGUUACAGCUGCAUGUAACGUUGGGGCUCGGACUGUUCCCACCGCAGCAACCGGCAUCUCGAAACGCCUCACUUACCUCACAUCAGCACCUCGCGCCUUGUACAGUACGCUGCGAUAUCUGCGACCCAUUGGCUGAUGCCUUCCGGUGCAUGACACCGCAAGGGAGCCCAGUGCACCAUGCCACAGCUUGCGCUCCAGAGCGCAGAAGCUCCUACUGCCUCGAGAUCCAACUCCAUCACCACUCCAGUAGAAGCUACUUCAUCAUCCGAUCAAAACCUCCUUAAUAGGGCUCGAUCUCCCUCCGAAGUCCCCGUUGACGAUAGUCCUACGGUUGGUCGCAUCAUUCGUCCGAGUCCAAGUGUCCCAUCCCUUGGUCCAUUGUCCUUGUCAAGUCCACGGUAAGCAUACAUAAUGUACAUGUCUUCAGCAGGUUCAUCCCAACUCCAAGCUAUCUCUGGUUGCUUGCUCUUCUUGGGUCCUCUCCACACACCCCCCCGGCCAUCUGACCCGGGCUUCUUCUUGGCCCCCUUCUGUCUCUCACAAUCUCUCCCCUCCACACUUCUUUACUCCUUUGCCGUUCUUAACCAGCGAUUAUCUUUCUUACUCGCCCCGGGUUGAACGUUGUGCGAGGUCUCCAUUGUACUUCGUGCUAUCACCAUUCCUUUCCCCUCCAACGCGGGACCAUAUUGCGUUCUGCUGUGGAACCUUUCGAUGCGCCACCUCUAACACACUGCGAUCUCUAGAUCCCCACGACCAGCUAUCUCAAGUCCGCUCGCGACCUCCGCCAACUUCCCUUACGGACAAGCAAGUCCCAGUCCGCGAACCGCCACUUUCCCGACUCGGUCUACUCCAACGCCGACAUAUCGAGCUAAUCAAGAACUUGAGAACAAAUCGAGUCUUGUUAAGCAGACCUCAUUCUACAGCGAUUCCUCAGACGAAGGAUCCCCAGAACCUCGCAGCCCUAGACAGGGCUAUGCAGGCAGUACGAAUGUUUUACGAACCGUCUCCGAGCCCAUAACUUCAAAGCCUGCUCCAGGCUCCGACUCAACUAAACAACCGGCCAUGGCGGGUCCCGUAUCUGCGGCCCAGGCUGAAGCUUCGAAAGGAGUCGCCCGGAAUUCGUCUAUCGACUCGGCGAUUUCAGCAAUAUCGACCAAAUCAGGCACAACUGGGAGUCAAGAUGGUCCCCAUGGACCUUCAGAGAUUGCUCAUCUUAUUAAGACAGCAGGCAGCCCCGAGACCCUUAUCCAGUACUUGCUGAAAGAGAAGCACUCCCAGUCACAGCAGAACAGCCAGUUAUGGCGUCUAGUGGACAAGCAACGGGCCAUGAUUCUCGGCCUUAACAAGGACUUGGAAAGGGCUUUGAAGGAUAAGGAAAAGUAUAGGAAGAAGCUAAAAGAAGUCAUUUCACUUUCCUCUGCUUCGGUGUCACCUCAAGAGAAUACCAAAGAAGCUGUUGAAGCGCCUGUGCUUUCGCUUCCACGAGUUGAUAUUGAACGAGCUAAGGAACAAACCACACCAGAGUCACCAGUCCUCGAAGCCGAAAGUCCGAGAAAUUCACCGAUCGAUAUUACCAUAGCGCCUUAUCCCAUUACUCCUCCAGCAGAUCAGCCCAGCGCACCACAUUCAGCUGUGGGCGAACUCUUGAACCCUGCACAUGCUAUGCCCAAACCGCAAGACCAUGCUUUAGACAAGUACGAUCACGAGGCUGAAGAACGGGCCGCUGAGGAGGCAAGGAAAGAGAAGAUUGAGGAGCCUCUGAAAGAGAUUCCCUACAAUGUCGCCAUCCCUCCAUCGCGUAGCCUCCCCAGUGAACCGCCCAAAAUGCCACCGCCCAAGCCACCGGUAAACCACCUUCCUACAGUCGCGGUCCUCGAGGCUACUCCCCAACCUGACGAAGGACUAUCCAAGUUUCCGGUGCCACCACCGAGGAAGCCACCUCCAGCACCCCUGAAGUUGAAGCAAGAAAUGAGGACGCAGCUGAGCCCAUCUCCGGAGGAUGGAGAGACUGAGUCCGAUUUUGAUGAUAUACUGGAAGUUGAUGAAAUUGUUCACGAUCGACGAGGUCGGCGAAGAACACGAGAAGAAGACGAUCGAGACCGAGAGAUUAUUGCUUUGAAGGAGGCGGCUGCGCGUAGUGCAUCCAAGAAGAGCAAGUCAAGCAAGUCCAGUCAACCUGGAUCUCCGAUUCAAAUGCCCCAGGCCCCUGCGCAGGAGCUCGCUACAGCCUCACUCGGUGAAAUGCUCAGCGCAACAAAAACAAGGGAAAUCCCUGCGCCAUUGUUAAGUCCCGGUCUCCCCGCAAGCCCUCGGCCUUCAAACUUCAGCUCGCCGCCUUUGUCUCCAAGGUCGAUGAAUUUUCAGGCUGCGCCAUUGUCCCCGCGACCACCUCGUCAACCAAUUCCACUACCACCAAACACCCCUUUAGCAACUCCGGCCCCAACACCAGCUAGAGCGACUGGCAAAAGUAUCGUCUCUGAGGAAACUUCGGUAUCGCAGAAAAGUCGCACCGUACAGCAAGAACCCAUCAGCCACGCGGAUCAACCAUCCAUCAGAAUGUCUAGCCCUAGCGAGCGUACAGAAGUCUUCAAAGGCCUGGUCACAGAAGAAUAUCCGGAUCUUCUGCUCCCGCCAAAUGCUCUGCCCUCCAUCAGAAUUGCAGUUGCAUCAUCACGCAUGAAACCAUCUCGAGCAAGUAUGAUGUCUCUCACACAACUCGAAGAAGAUCCAGUGUUUACUCUCGCUAUCAUCUCGCGAUCGGACAAUGGCGAGCUUUGGAGAGUGGAGAAAGACUUGGCUUCGUUGACAAAACUUGAUCAAAGGCUCAAGCAAUGUACAUCCUACACAGUCAGAGCUCCAGAACGUUCGCUGUUCAGUGGUCAUGCGCCGGCCAAGCUCGAUGCCCGUAGGACGGUCCUGGAGCAGUUCAUGGAUGACAUUUUAGAUAUACCUUUUGACACAAAAACAGCUGUCGAACUUUGCAAAUAUUUGUCAACUCAUGUUCUCCCACCAAAUCUAGACGACUCGGUAUCAAUUGGUGAUUCGAGCUCUGAGAUGAAUGGCAAUAAGAUAGGGCCCGACGGGCGACCUUGUCGCAGUGGUUACCUAACAAAGAAAGGCAAGAAUUUCGGUGGCUGGAAAGCAAGGUACUUCGUUCUCAAUGGGCCUCUACUCAAGUACUUUGAAGUGCCUGGAGGUGCACACUUAGGCACAAUCAAGCUACAGGGGGCGCAGAUUGGCAAGCAGAAUCAGAAUAACGACAACCAGUCACCAGCGCGUGUAACAAACGGUGAUGACCUGGACAACCAAUUCCGUCAUGCUUUCCUCAUCCUGGAACCGAAGAAGAAGGACACGAGCAGCCACUUCAGACAUGUUCUUUGUGCCGAAAGUGAUAAGGAACGGGAUCUUUGGGUGGAUGCUCUCCUCCAAUGGGUUGAUUAUCGUGAUCCUGAAGAUUCUGAACCUCCACCAUCCCGGGGUGGACCUGUUCAGGAUCGCCAAACACAAGGUACAGCCACAGGCACAGAGCGUCCCUCUGCAGGCAAAGUUCGAAAACCCCCUGGCAAGCCAUACCAUCAUCCGUCAGAUUCGGAUACAUUGGUUGGCGUCCGGUACGAUUCCACCCAAGCAGGAGAUGCCCCCCAAGUUUCAGGACCCGCUCGACCCAAGACUUCAGGUGGCAUGCCUGACCAACAUCACAGCCAUGGAUUUGAGAGCUUUUCCUCAUCUCAGAGCAAGAUCAUUUCGGGACCCAAGGAUCCACAGCCUAUAUCCGACUUGGGCGCCUGGGGAAACAAACCGAACUAUGGCCCGACGCCUGAUGAAAAGAAACAGAGGAAGCGAAGUUUCUUUGGUUUUGGACCCAAGACUAGGUCUUCAUCAGAGGGUCAAGAUUCCUUGUUUGGUGGUAGCGAGGUCGGUGCGAAUGCAACCCCACCACAGAACUCUUACCAGGGUCCUGUGCGACAAGCCUUUGGAGCACCGCUGGCGGAAGCUGUUCGAUUUUGUUCUCCUACGGAUGUCAAUGUACCGCUCCCUGCCGUCGUUUACAGAUGCAUCCAGUAUUUGGAUUCCAAGAAUGCUGUGCUUGAGGAAGGAAUCUUUCGACUGAGUGGAUCCAACGUGGUUAUUAAGCAACUUCGAGAACGGUUCAAUGUCGAAGGGGAUAUUAACUUGUUGACUGACCGUCAAUACUACGACAUUCAUGCUGUGGCCUCGCUGCUGAAACUGUACUUGCGAGAACUACCAACAACAAUACUGACAAGGGACUUGCACAUGGAGUUCUUGACAACGAUGGAGAUUGCGGACCAUGCCGAAAAGAUGACUGCUUUGGGUGAGCUGGUUCAUCGGCUUCCUCAAGCCAAUGCCACUCUCCUCAAGUAUCUGAUUGGCUUCCUGAUCAAGAUCAUCAACAAUGCGGACAUGAAUAAGAUGACUGUUCGCAACGUUGGCAUUGUCUUUUCGCCAACCCUAAACAUACCUGCACCAGUCUUCGCAAUGUUCCUCCAAAAUUACGAGGGAAUCUUCGGUGUCGAUCCUGAGGUUUACGAGCUUCCUUCACCCAUUUCUGAACCCGAAUUGCAGCGCUUUGAAGCACCGCCGCGAUUCGAUCUACCUGCUCGCCCAUCAACGUCUGGAAGUUCAUCUCCCCACGGGCAGAUGCGGAAGGAUAAUGUUCGAGAACUGCAGCGAUCUACUCCGACUCCUCCGCUCCUCGUUAACAAUGCCCCAGUGCGAGCCUCACCCCCUUCAAGUGCUACCAGGCCUGGUUACGAAUCUCCAGCUGGUGCUUAUGACAUUGGGUACCGACCACCUUCAGCCAACGAAGGACGCGGUGCCUACGACCGACGUUUCUUGCAAGCUUCACACGAGGAUCUCGCCAGCGCCUCCGCAGCAUACGACCAAAGCUUCGUACCCAGCAACAGACGCCGUGAGAGUGCCAUCUUCAUGGGUGGCAUGAUGGGUCCCCACCACCAGGGAUCCAAGAGUCGCUUGCGAGAAGAAACGCGAUUCUGAACUGUAUAUGUGCUUGGUUUUCUAUGUGUUUUGCUAUUGCUACAUACCCACUCGUUUCAACAUGCGAUGAUACCAUACAUACCAUACCAUAUUAUUUCAUAACGACUUACACUAUUAAUACCUUGCAUCUCGGAGUUUGAUCAAUGGUGAUUUGAGGAGGAAUACUCUUGUUUUGGGUUUACUGAUACGAUGAGGAGAUUGAGCGUUGCCACGAAUUGCCCAAGAGAAGAUCAAGGUUAGGGACAUAUGCUGAUAUAACCCAUAUGGAAACGUCAGUGAAGAACUUCAAUGACUGUAACUGGAGCGAAUGUCGUUGAUCUGAUCUUGAUGAUGGGCGGUGCCGCUUUCUACUUAGCAUGGCGUUGUGGAUAGUUUUUGAGUCAAGAAGAUGCCGACAUAGUCCAGAUCUGAAAGAAUCGGCUUGUCAUAGUUCUUCUUGUCUUGCGAGAAAUACUCUAAUUCAUUCUGCGAUUUUGUUGCCCAACUGUCUAUUUAAAUGGGGUUUUCGGCUUUUGCAACACACCCCUUGCUAAUGCACUGCCGAUUUCAAGUCGAGGCCCAUGCGUGAUCUGUCUCAUCGCCCGUGGGCUAUUAUGCAGACAAUGCUAUGUUCCAAUAGAUGUGCUACCCACCUGGCUUGGGGGAGACUUUUCUAAUCUUGUGAUAACUAAGGAUAAUUCAGGUAAUUUCAGGGUAUUGAUGGUCCUAAGACUCUUCUAAUAUAAUCUUAUGCCUUAGUAUUCCUUUCGGGCCCUUUACCUAUG